AUGGGCUGGCCACAUCUUUCCUACCAAUUGGACACUGCAACUAUCAGCAGCAGUCACACACACAAACACAAACACACACACACUUUCGGCGAGGCUGGCGGUCAAUCACUCUGGGGCCAUCAGCAGGCAAAAUACAAGGCCGAGAUGGGAUCAGACACUGGACGGAUAAUCAUCAACAGAUGCUCAUUUGGGGAAAGAAGGAAAAGGCCAAUGUCAUCAUACCCCUCUGAUGGCUCCACUACAAGAAUCUUAACAGCAAAGAAACUUUUGGGCCCUCGAUCGCAGCGGCCUGCAGCAGCAACCUCAGCGUAA